AUUAGAUUUAACUUUUCACCAACGAGUUGAGAGAGAGUGAAGAUUAGAAAAAGACAGAAAUGGGUAAGAACAAUACAAGAAUCCUCAUCACAGUUCUUGCGCUGGUGUUAACCGCAGUGAUGAUGAUCCAAGAAGCUAAGAGCAUUCCCCUAUGUAACGUCGACACAAAUGACUUGCAGAAAUGUCGUCCAGCUGUCACUGGAAACCACCCGCCACCUCCGACUUCCGCCUGCUGCACAGUGGCCAAAACCGCGAAUCUUGAAUGUCUCUGCCCGUUCCUCUCCAGGUCCGGGAUUGACCCAUCAAAACUCAAGGCUCUUUUUGCCAAUUGUGGCGUUAACAAUCCAUCAUGCUUGCCAUGAUUGAAGAACUGAGGUGGACUGGACACAAGCCGGCCUGCUGCGUACUUUGCCACCAUCUGAAUAUUAGGUCUCGAAGUUAUAAUUUCUUAUGGUGUUCGAUUCAAAUAAAAUCAACAAAUUUUGAAGUUAUUUUUAAGUCACCUUUUCUGUCUACAGGAACCGUGUUCUACACAUUAAUGAAAACAAUAAAGUACUGCUUUUGGCUUU